AUGGAGAUCAGUAAUAAUGGUGUUGUGUUGCAGGUGAGUGUUCCAUGCAGCAGCUUGUCUGACAUCGUGACCGUCCGAUGCGGGCACUGCACCAAUCUAUGGUCCGUGAAUAUGGCAGCUGCCUUUCAGUCACUGUCAUGGCAAGAUCAUAUUCAGUCACCAAACAACAGCUCCCACGAUUACAGAAUUGACCUGGGUUCCUCUUCCAAAGGCAACAGCAAGAUCUCAAUGAGAACCCCAGCUACCAACAUUGUCACCCAAGACAGGGUUGUUAAUCGCCCUCCCGAGAAGAGGCAGCGAGUACCUUCUGCAUAUAAUCAGUUCAUAAAAGAGGAGAUUCAGAGGAUCAAGGCCAAUAAUCCUGAUAUCAGUCACAGAGAAGCUUUCAGCACUGCUGCCAAAAAUAAACUGCUUACCAAAUUAAUGAGAAUAGCUAAACCUCAUCCCAUGGAACACAAAGCUUAUAUGGUCCCAAAAGAGAAAUGA